AUGGUCGACUAUUCAGCACAACGACACGUAACACACGACCCGAGCUCUCUCAAAACUCUACCUCUACUUCUACCUCCCAACCACAUUCCACCACCGACAAUGGCGCCAGCAGUAGCAGUAGAAAUAGCGGUACAACCACUUCGGCUUCCAAGACGGCCUCUCCGAGUCCGAGAAGACGGAGCGCGUAGCCGGCGUCUUCCACAGCGUAGCCGAGUCCUACGACCGCAUGAACGACCUUAUGUCAUUUGGCUGGCACCGGGUCUGGAAGGACCACUUCGUCUCCUCCCUCAACCCGGGCCUGUCCUCCUCCACGCCCCCCAAACCCCAACGCAUCCUCGACGCUCGCGGCGGCACAGGCGACAUCGCCUUCCGCAUGCUGCACCACGCGCACGCGCUCAACCACAACCCCGACGUCCACGUCACCAUCUCCGACAUCAACCCCUCCAUGCUAGCAGUCGGCAAGCAGCGCUCCCACUCCCUACCCGCCUCGCAACAAGCCGCGCUAUCCUUCCUCGAAGCCGACGCGACCAGCUUCCCCCCGCCGCCGUCCCCGACGCCUCCCUCGACCUAUACACCGUCGCCUUCGGCAUCCGCAACUUCAGCAACAUCCCCGCCGCUCUCGCCGAAGCCCACCGCGUCCUAAAGCCCGGCGGCGUGUUCGCCUGUCUCGAGUUCAGCAAGGUCGGCAACCCGCUCCUCGACGCCGUCUACAAGCGCUGGAGCUUCAGCGCCAUCCCCCUCAUCGGCCACCUCGUCGCCGGCGACCGCGACUCCUACCAGUACCUCGUCGAGAGCAUCGAGCGCUUCCCCAGCCAGACCCAGUUCCGCGACAUGAUUAAGCACGCCGGCUUCGUUGUUGGCGGCCAGGGCUGGGAAGAUCUGACAGGUGGUGUGGCUGCGAUCCACAAGGGUAUGAAGCCCCUAUAA